AUGGCCCCCACCCCUCGUGCCCUGCGGUCGACGGGGGGGCGUCGGGGGGGCCAAGGGGAACCAGCCCGACCGCGGCGGACGAAGAUUUCGUUAGUUCACCCCCCGCUCCCGGCCCCGCCGCCCUUCCGGACGGAGCACCUCUCGGCCCACGGCUCUCGCAAUAUCCGCCGGCCCGAGGUGGGGAAGGGAGUGGGGAAACGCCACGGCUCCCAGGAAGCGCCCCGCGUCCUCGGCCCCAGCUUGGGCAAGGCGAGGGAGGAGGCCUCCGAUAAAAAAGGGGCGGCCCACCGAGCCCCCCCACCCAGAAUCGGGCGCCGGGGCGGAGAGCGGGGCACCAUGGGCGGCACCGGGCGACUCCUGCUCCUGCUGGGGCUGGCCGCCGUGGCCACGGCCGGCCCUCCCGAGGCAGAGAAGAAGUACCGAGAGGCCGUCUCUCUCGCCCUCGACGCUUACAACAGAGGCCUGACCGGCAGCUCGGCCUUCCGCCUGCUCGAACCCUCCCAGCUGAAACCGGACCUUCCUAGAGGCCACCUGAAAUUCAAAAUCAAGGAGACCGUGUGCCCGGUGGCGGAGAAAUGCCAGCAGCGGGAGUGUGACUUCAAAGAGGAUGGCCUGGAGAGAGACUGUUCCGGGAUCUUCCUCGCCCCGUCCGACACCCGCAUCAUGGUCCUCUCCUGCCGCCCCGCCGGAGGUCGCCGCCUCAGAAGAUCCAGCGGCUCUGAGGAGCCGGAUUGGAGCAAAGUCCCGAGCAAGUACAGAGAAAUGUAUGAAAACGCCAAGUACGACAUAAUAGCCAACAUCCUCAGGAACUUCUGAGGCCCAGUGGGAAGCUGGCCCGCAAGCUCGUCGCCUGCAGAACGCGUCCGCUGAUCCCGCUACGUCGGCCUCGCCCAAGCGUUUAGUCCCGUGCUCUGCGCCUAGCGGGGGCUCAAUAAAUACCAUCGAUCGAC